AUUUUAUUUGUGCUGUGAUGGAUUUAACGUGAAUAAGGCCGGUGAUAUUCUGUUACGGUGAAUCUGUUGGUAACCCGAUCCGGCUUUUAGCAGAGAACUCCGAACGUAUUUUUACGCUAAAGAUCCUUUUCGCCCUUCUGUUCUUUCUUGUUUUCCUUACCUUUUUCUUUGUCCUCCAACAUGUCCUACUACGAUCGUGACAGACGUAGCACAGCUCGAUUGCGUAGACUCUUCGUUGGAAAUUUGAAUCGUCAUGUCCGCGAACGUGAUAUCAAGGAUCUCUUUUCAAAGCUUGGUCGCUUGCAAGAUUACGAGAUUGUGGAUGAUUUUGCAUUUGUCGAAUAUGAAGAUGCCAGAGAUGCUGCUGAUGCGAUCAAAGAAUUUGACGGUACUCGCUUGGAAGGCGAUCGUAUUAUUGUGGAGUACGCCCGCAAAGGACCAGCAACAGUGAGAGGAGCCAGAGGUAGAUCAGAUGGUCGCUGCUAUAACUGUGGAGAAGUCGGUCAUAUGUAAGCAAUUUGAAUAAAAAGAAUGUAAAAAAUGAUGGGAACCAUGGGGCUAUGUGCACUAACCUGUAAAUCUUCUUUAUUCUAAAUAACACAGUGCUAGAGA